AUGCCGUCCCACAAGUCUUUCCGAACCAAGCAGAAGCUUGCGAAGGCCCAAAAGCAGAACAGGCCCAUUCCUCAAUGGAUCCGUCUCCGAACCAACAAUACCAUUCGGUACAACGCUAAGAGGAGACAUUGGCGCAAGACCCGCAUCGGAAUCUGA